GUCCACUUAGCGAUUAAACAAGUUGUCCGAAUUGCAAACGAUACCUUCGCCUGAAUUGUUGUUGCAAUUUUUAUUUUAUUUUUUAAAUGUGAUUGUCAAGUAGCGCACCUGCGCCACGGUCAACCCGCACAGGCUGGGCUGCACUAUAAGCUGUCUGUUUCAUGUCUCGGGCUGUGCGGCACCAAAAAACACACAACUUGCGUGCGUGAGGACGCUUCUCCAGCCUGCAUCGAGCUCCUGCGGCUUCUGUUACAACAAGUUGCCGUAUACAUGCGUGCAGAGAGCGGAUACAGUGUCACCGCAGCAUGUAUUUUUUACAAGCUUGGACAUUUUAGGGCGUUCGCACCAGAUUUAACUUGACUCCGUCUCCGGGCGUCAUUUCCCAAACUAUCCGAGCUGCACCAGUUGAUUUCCCUCCCUCUCUCUCCCUCUCUCUCUCUCUCUCUCUCUCUCUCUCUGUGUCUCUGUGUGUGUGUGUCUCUCUCUCUCUCUCUCCGCCUGUCAUCCACUUUCUAAUGACAUGCAUGUAGGUUAGCUGCUUCUCCUGUUCAGUUGCUCCUCGCCCACCUUUCACACGGUUUGAGAUCCGAGCUGCAACAAGCUUAGAAAAAAGUGUAAUCUAAAAGCUUUUGCCCCUUUUUUUGCUUUUUUGGAAUCCUUUUCCUUUUUUUGUCCGUCUCUUCACACAUUAAUCCCAAUGCUCUCAUCUCCUCUUCCUCUCCCUCUUCCUCCUCUGUUCCAGCACGAGAUGAUCAGCAGCAGCAGCGUCUAUGGCUUAAAGAUGCAGUGGACCCCCGAGCACAGCCAGUGGGCCGAACAGCAUUUCGACAUCUCCUCCACCACGCGCUCGCCAGCCCACAAGGCCGAGGCCUACAGGGCGGUACCUGGCCACCUGCAGCGGUCCGCCGCCUACCAGUACGCCUGGGCCAAUGAUGACAUCUCGGCCCUCACCGCCUCCAACCUGCUCAAGAAGUAUGCCGAGAAGUAUUCAGGUAUUCUCGAGAUGCCGGGGUCUUACUCUGAGGGGCCUGGUGUACCCGGAGUGAUGAAUGGACGGAAAGGUGAAUCAGAACCGUGGCAGGACGGCGUCUACCCCAUGAGCUGCAUCCCUGAGGGGGUUUCCGUCAGAAAAGGGGGGGUGGCAGCAGCUUCAGAUGUGGUGUCGGGCAUGUGCAGCUCUCCGGGCCUGGCCUCCAGCACCCUGAGUGAACCUAGCUACUCCAGCAGCAGCUGUGGGAGCCACACCGCCACCGCACUCCACUCCUCCUCCAUGGCCUCUCAGGAAUACGGCCCGGCAUACAGUGGCUCCUACCUUCACAGUAGUUACAGCUCCCAGUCUGCCCCCGCCCCAGCACUUCCCUCCCCACUGCACAGCUCUGGGCUCCUGCAGCCACCCCCUCCGCCGCCCUCCCACCCCACUUUAGUCCCAGCUUACAAUGGAGGCUCCCCUAACUUGUCUAGUUAUAAUUACCCCCCAGCAGGCUACCCAGCUCAGAGCUCAGUAGGGCCAGGAUACAGCCCUGGGGGAGCACCCCCACCUUCCUCAUACCUCCCAUCAGGCAUUGCUGCACCUACACCUCUUCCCCCUCCAUCUACUUUACCUGGAUACCCAUACCAGAGCCACAACCUGACCCCAAUUGCCCCCACUCCUCUGAACAGUAGCUCCUCUAAUUCACUGAAGAGGAAAGCCUUCUACAUGACAGGCCAGGGAGAGAUUGACUCUUACGGUAACUUUGGCUAUGGCCAGGCUCGGAGCUCGUCUGAGAGCCCCAUGUACAGGAUAGCAGACAGCAGCAGUGCAAACGGAGGCUCCAACAGCGCCAGUGGUGGUGGAUUUGACAGAAGUGUUGAAAAGACAUCUUUACCUUUUAAUCCUCAGAAGCAGUCCACAAUGUCUUCAGAGCAGCAGAGGAAGUACGGCAGUCAGGCGACCGGGGGCCCAAUGACUCCACCAGCAUACGUUUCCUCCACCCUGGGGGGUUCUCGGUCAGCAGAUUCCCUUGUCAACUUCACCUCCCCCUCUCUUAGUGAGCAAGGUGCUGAUGACCACCGCCUUCACCUCUCCCACUCAGCGCCAGGGCCUACCUCCUCCUCAUCCAAUUCCUCCUCCAGACCUGCUGAAGAGCAGCUGAAAACCAGUGACCCUCACCUUCUUGACAUGGUUACCUCUGAAAUCGUUCAGCAAGGCCCCCCAGUGGAUUGGAGUGACAUCGCAGGACUAGAACUGGCCAAGGCAACCCUUAAAGAGGAGGUCCUGUGGCCUAUUCUCCGCCCAGACAUGUUCAGCAGCUUAGGACCGGCCCCACGAUGCGUGUUGCUGUUUGGGCCCAGGGGCAGUGGCAGGACGUUGCUGGGACGCUGCCUGGCAAGCCAGCUGGGAGCACCAUUCCUCCAGCUAAGCGGUUCCACGUUGGCCACCAAGUGGCUGGCAGAUGGAGAAAAAAUAAUCAGAGCGUCCUUCCUGGUGGCGCGAUGCAGGCAGCCCUCAGUACUGUUCAUCAGUGAGGUGGACAUGCUGCUCUCAGCCCACCUCAGUGAAGAGAGUCCCAUCAACCACCUUAAGGGGGAGCUACUUUCCCAGUUGGACUCACUUCUCAUGGGCUCAGGCGAAGAUUUAAGCAACCAAGUGUUGGUGGUUUGUUCCACGAGCAGACCUCAAGACAUGGAUGAAGGGCUGCGCAGGUACUUUGCUCGUAGGGUCCUUGUGCCCCUGCCGGACAGCACAGCCCGGCACCAUAUCGUGAACCAGCUGCUGGCUCAAUCUCAGCACAAAUACUGCUUAAGCGAGGAGGAGCUGGCACUGCUGGUCCAGCGUACUGAGGGUUUCUCUGGACUGGACUUGGCCAGAUUCUGCCAGGAGGCCCUCGUUGGUCUGUUACAUGCCUCUGCACAGGGCAUGGACAUGACGGGUAUGAUGCCCCGGGGACAGGUCAGGCCACUCACCUACCAGGACUUUGAGAGUGUCUUUUGUAAAUUCCAAGCCAGUAUAUCGCAGAAAGAGAUUGACACGUACACUGAGUGGAACAAAAUGUUCGGCUGCAGCCAGUGAAAAGAUAGAUUCCGCCCUUGAGAAAAAGAGGCAUCCACAUUUUCUCCCCUCAGGGCAGAAGCAUUGUGCUGGAGGGAAAGGCACACAGAAGGCCAACACAAGCCCACAGAGUUCUCACAAGCAGGGUUUAGAUGCACCCAGAGACCUGGUUUUGAAGAGACAACAGGCGGUUUUGCAGUUAAUGAGCAAGAGUUUUAAUUUGAAUGCUUGACACUCCAGAAAAGCCAGGCGUUGUUUACACAUUGCAAGCAAGUUGGCUUCAGAAGAGACGCCCCAGUGUCUGUGUAUAUAUCUUUAUGUCCUUGUUCUUGAGAUUUAGUUGGCUAUCCAAGUGCCUGAAGUGGUGCUUUCUGGGUUUCUUUCUUUGUUUAUUUGCCUCACAAUCUACAUUCAUGGCAUGAGCUGACGAU